AUGGUAGGAGGCCAUCCAGAACAUCCUGGCGAUAUCAUACGAAGGUUGGACGAGCCGGACAAUCAAUUAUGGGAGUCGGUAGAGGAGGAUCUCUUCCUCGAUCAGCGCGACGGACGCUCGCGUGUUGAGGUGUAUCCAGCGCAUCUCCUCCUGCCUCAAGUCGUUGAGCAUCAGCCAUUGAAGAAUGAUGGUGAGCAAAUAGGCACAACCGGCAACAUAGAGCAUGGCCCUUCCAACGACGACAAGGACAAGUCAUCAGUGCAAUUGAUUGCGCUGUCUUCACCUGAACGUGUCGCGGACUACACUAGGACACCCCCAAAGUUCCAAGCAUUCUUCAUCCGACAAAGCUACUCGUGGGGUCCAUUGCUGGUGACAAGCGAGCUGUUCAGUGGACUCCUGCACAAAGCUCGAUUGCCGCAACACUUGAAGAGCUUCAUCAUGUUCUUCGGAGCGCGGGAACGCGAGGUCGAAAUAUCACCUCCACCUCUAGCAUUCACACCGCUCUCGAUCCCAGGUUUUCCGCCUGAUCGCGGUCACCAAUGUACAUAUGGCCUUCGAUUUGUUGAGCGCAAUCGCCAUCAUCACACGUCCUCUCCAUCGAAAGCAUGGUCUCUUCGACAAUGCGCAGUCUCCUGCCGCUAUGGUGGCAAGGAACGCGGCGCUUCAUGGGCGUUUGUCACAAUUUCUGCAGAUAUGCAGCAAAGGUUGGAUGCAGCUGCACUCGCGGGCAACUUUCGCCACAAGCCGGACCCUUUCGAAGUGCACCAACUUCUCGUGGAUUCGGCGAUUACAAGCUGGAGACAAUACCUGCUCGACCUAUCUGGGGAAACCGAUGCGCACUACACUCAGAUUCUGGGGACAUCGCCAAACGACAAGGGACCCGUGAACCUCCAUGAGGCCGGUAGACGCCAAGAUCUCUUAAUGCUAGAUGAAGCGCUUCUGAACGCGUUGCUUGCAAUUACAGCCACGACAGAUACCUCAUCUGCAUUGUUUUCUUCUUGGGAAUUCUUCGUCAGAGAUACGUCGCACCUGGAUCCAGUCUACCUCGACCUUGUGCGAAGAAGCUUUGCACACCACCAACGCUCACUGGCGCUACUGUCUGCUCAAGUCACCCAUCUGAGAACAAAACUUGGAGGUAUUACCAGCCUCCUUUCAAGCUUCUUGGACCUGAGUAGUGGGUAUUCCCUCCAGAACCUGGCUCUACAGGCAGGUGAAGAGAACGAGGAGAUGCAUAGAUUGGCUGAGAAGAGUACGCAAGAUGCUGCGGCUGUCAAAGUGUUGACUAUAUUGACGCUGAUCUACCUACCCGUUACCGUGGUGUCGAACUUCUUUUCAACUUCCUUUGUCAGCUCCACGACUUCGGCGGACGGCCUUGAGAAGAUCUCUGUGACUGGGGACUGGUGGAUCCUGCUCGCUGCCUCGGUUCCACUGACCCUUCUCACCAUAUACAUAUGGCUUGUCUGGACACGCAUACAAGCCAAUGCUCACAGCCAAGUCUGGUGGAAGUAUAUGUUUGGCAUUCACUUAUUCAGCCGUGCCGUUUCUGACGCAUCACUGGAUAGUGAGAAUUGUACGGCAAGGACAGAGGGCACUGCACACAUCGAAAAGGCAUACUCGAGGGAGCCUACGGAUGGAAUUUUUGCUCAUGGGCUGAGAAGGACAUCCUCCGGACUUUGCUAA